AUGGUUUCCGAUGAUGAGGACUUUGUAGAUUACACGACUGUGACUCCAUGGGAACGGUUUGAGGCUGUGGUUGAGCGAGUCCUCUCGUGCUGGAUCACCGCGGGUCUUGAUGAUCUAGAUCAGCUCCCCGGUUCAAAGGUGGGCAGGAAGGAGGGGGUGCAGGAGGUUCAUGUCAGGCUACAGCACCAACUGCCCUUCCGCCAGGAGGCAUACUUGCUUAUUCUCCAUCUUCCGGACGACAAGAAGGGGUCAAGAGACAUCAGCAGGGAGCCACCUGUGACCACAGCCCAGGCAGCUACCAUCCCCCACAUCAGGACAGAGGCAUGCAUAGCGGACGAUCACGCACCAGGCCCAAGCACACCAGAGAAGGCCCACUCGGACCCCUGCUUGAGUGGACUGGACAGCGGGCACACAGCAGCAGUGAUCGACCUCAGCGGGUCUUCAGAUGCAGACAGUGGAGACGUCAUUCUGGAGGGUAGCACGCUGAGGAGUGCCCUGGCCGUGGCGCUGGCGGCGACAGGGUGUCCCUGGCCGGCAUUUGUGCCGAUGCAUGACCCUCUGCGCGAUGCGUACUGGGGCGUGGCGGCCACCGGACGGGGCGGCAUUGUUUUCCUGGAGACCGACAGUGUGCACAUCAGCCAGCUGCCCCCGCACCUGCUCAGGGUGGACGGGCUGCUGUCUCUGUUCUCACAGCGCCUGGCCGCGCAUGCGCCGCUGGCCGCAGCCGCCGCCAAGGCCGUCGUGGAUGACACAUCGCUGGCGUCCAUGGCGCUUACUGCUGCCGGCCGGCCGCCAGCCGCCUACGCGCGCCACGUGGCCGUCUCCGAACGGCGCACCUUCCGCGUUCCGCUCCCCCUCCUGGAAGGCCACCUGGAGAUGGACCUUGUGUGGGAGAAUAUUUCUGCGGCAGCGGCUGUGCAAGGUCAUGCCACAAGGACCGGCUCAGCCUCACACUGGCGACUGCAUGUCCUGGACCCUGCGCAGGCUCCCUCCUAUGGCCACCGACUGUUUUCUCUGAAGAGCAAAGAGCCCGAGAGGAUCCACCUGCGCCUGUGCAAGGAGCACUGCCAGCGCAGCCAAGGGCCGGACAACUACGCCCCGAAGGACACGAGCUUUGCUGGGAUGCUGCGCGCUCUCGCUGCAGGGGGCAGGGCUGCCAGGCUCGCCAAGUCCAUGGGGCAGCUGGCGUCGGAGGAGUGGUGGGGGCGGCAGGGGACGCAUGUGCCGGGCAUGCCGCCGCCGUCGGUGCUGCAGGACGUGGGUGCUUGCGUACCAGCAGGGAAUGUGAAGGAUGCAGCUGAUUUGGACGCGCUGCCCGGCACAGAUCUGCUGCUCGUGCCCGGCAGUGCACCGGCAUCUUCGCUGGCAGCCCGCCUAGCGCUGCAUGCGCUGGUCUUCCAGAGCGCUCGCGCCGUGGCUGUGCUCUGGGUCAGGAUGGUGCGGGAGCUGCGCUUCGCGCACUGGGAGGCGCAGGAGCAGCUGCCGCGCAUGCGCAGGCGCAGGGCGCAUGUGUCUCAGAGCGCGCCCGGCCAGCAACACAACCGCCAUUGGGACGCCAUCAAGCACCCGCAGGCCCCGGAGGCGCCUGAUCUGGCGGCGGGCCUGCUGCACCAGAAGCUGCAGAUGCUCAAUUGCUGCGCCUUCCUGCGCCGGCACCCGGAGGCCGGCUUUGUCAUCGCGCCAGCUGUCGCCAGACAGCAGAGUGCAGCAGUGACAGACAGGGCAAAUGCGGGCAGCAGUGGCAUAUUAGGGCUGGCACAGGAGGUGAGGAGGCUUGUCGGGGAACGCAGAGCGCCCGGUCCGGGCGAGGAGGCCAGGGACGGCGGCUCCGCAGCAGCGUCGGAUACGGACUAUGCCAGCUGCUGCGACGACCUGGCUGCUGCAGCGGACCUCGAUGCGGUGGCUGACAGCUUUGCAGAGCCCAUGGAAGUUGACGCGGAUGUGCAGUUCCCGUCGUUCGAGCUCCGGCUGCCGUCGCCCGUCACCUCGGACAUGGUCGCCGAGCAAGAAGCAGCCCGGGCUGCGCUAGGCGAGGCGGGUGUGGCGGCCAAGGCGCGUAUGCAAGGCUCGGUACUGCUGCAAGCCAUGCAGGCCUUCAAGGAUGCUGUGGCUGGGGCUGCCCUGGACGACUUCCUAGAGUGGCAGAUGCGAGUUGGCGCCAGCGUCGGCGUCCCUUCAGACACCUUUGCAAUGAAGGAGGCGUUGGAGGAGGUGUGGCAGAGGGCGCAGCCGUUGCGUGCGGCGGAGCAGAGGCCGCUGUGGAACGCUGAGCUGGAGGGGGAGCGCGCGCUGCACUGGCUGGAGACGCUGCAGCCCGACUGCGGCUGGCGGCAGCUGCUGCUGGCCGCCCUCAACGCCGCCGCCCUGCUGAUCUCACGCUGUAAAGGAGCCACGCAGCCCGCCGCCUCUGCAACGCUUUCAAGAUUUUGGCAGGAGGCGCAGGAAGUGCUGGGCCAGGGGGAUCCCAGUGAGGAGGCCUUGGUACGGGUGAUUAACAGCUUUGCGUGGGCCGAGCGGGUGGUUGUCGUUGCAGAGGCGCUGAUGGCCCGGCUGCCCGGCCGCCCCGGCCUGGCUGCUCGGCUCCUCGACGCCUGCCUGCAGCCUGGAGACGAUCCCCCACAACCGCCUACAGUGAGGCUAUUGCAGUGUGAGUACGGAGCUUCUGAAGGGCAAGCAGCAUCAGCGGUGAAGACUGGAGAAGCAGGAAUGAGUGGCAGCAAACAUGAGCAUGUGCACCAGUUGUAUGCGCGAGUGCGGCCUGGCGAGUUGCGCAUCGCAUCCGUUGUUCUCAUGGAGUCGUGA